AUUCACCCACACACUACUCCAAUGGCGCCGUCAACGGAACUUCAAGGCUCCUCCUUCCUCCGCCGAAUCAGCAUCCGCCGCAACCAGAUCGCCUCCAUGGACGCCACUCACGACCAACACCUCGAGGAACUCGAUUACUUCCAGAAACACGUCUCCGAUUGCCUCUCGGAGUUACUCUCCCCACCACCGCCGCCUCCUUCCUCCGCCGCCGCCUCUCAGCCGUCUGAUCCGAUUCUCUCCAUCCCUUGGCUAAAGAACCUCCUCGACGUUUACAUGUCCUGCGAGACAGAGUUCAAAGGGGUCCUCUCAACGGUCCAGAUCUCAAAGUCUCCGUCUUUAGAGAAGGGUUUGCAAGAAACGCUCGAUCGGAUUUUGAAAUCGCUCGAUAUCUGUAACGCCGUAAGUAACGGCAUUGAUUCCGUUAGUCAGAGCCGACGUCUUGCGGAGAUAGCCGUCACGGCGCUUAAACAGCGGCCGUUAUGUAACGGAAGCGUUCUUAGAGCUAAGCGCGCGUUAACAAGCCUCCUCGCUGUGUUAAACGCCGACGGGAAAGAUAGAAACGGCGGAAGUAGUAGCCGUCGGACGACUUCACGGUCGUGGUCGUUUGGACAGCGCAGUAGCGUCCACGUCAGCAAGAACUGGUCUGCGACGAAGCAGAUUCAGGCGAUGGCGGCUACUCUGGUGCCGCCACGUGGAACAGAAGCCUCUGGAGUUUACAUAAUGAGCAGUGUUAUGGUUCUUGUGAUGUGGGUGCUAGUCGCUGCGGUUCCUUGCCAGACAAGCAACGUUCUCGCGGGGCCUUUGCAGCUUCCGAAACAUCAGAGCUGGGCUAGCGCCGCGUUGAACAUUCAGGAGAGGGUUAGCGAAGAGAUGAAAGGGAAGGAGAAGCGUUGUGGUGGAGGGUUGAUGGAGGAGAUGGUGAGGAUGGAGAGGGUUGGGUUGUCUUUGUUGGAGUUCACGGAGAGGUUUAGUUUUCCGGCGGAGGAGGAGAAGGAAGUGGCGGAGAAGGUGGAGGAGAUGGAUGAGAUUUGCCGGGGGAUGGAAGUGGGGUUGGAGGGUUUGAAGAGACAAGUGAGGGAAGUGUUCCAUAGAUUGGUGAGAAGCAGACUAGAGAUUGUCUCGGUGCUUGAUCAAGCUACUGCAAUCUAAUUUAGUAUAAAAGCAAUAAUCUUUGGAAAAAAAAACUUGAUGUGUAAUAAUCUACAACUCGUAUACAUACAGACACACAUAUAUGUUUGGUUUCUGGUAUAUGAAAACUGAAAAACUCUAGAUUAGUUUCAUAGUGCUUUCCCGAACCUGUUCUUCUUCUCCUGACUUGUGAUUGUUUCCAGAAGGUUCUGUUUGUUACCGGGUCGGUUUGGUCCUGUUCUGCUUCUAUUAGUGUCUGAAGCAGUUUGGCAGUUGUUUCUGAUGAAGCUUCUUUGUGAUUUUGUUUUUCUUGGUCUGUAAAAAAGAAUCAAUGAUUAUUUAUGCAUACAAUGAACAAAGUGGUGAUUUGAUUGGA